CUACGUGAUGACGGCGCUGAAAUGCAAAUUAGUGCGUGGCGUCAUCUGGCGACAUUUAGCGACUUUUCGGGCAGGCGUUAGCUACUUUCCAUUGAAAAGAGUUGGCAACUGACACCAUCUGUUCUUAGUUGAACACACUGAGCCUUUUACACUGGCCGUUCCACUGAGUGCUCUUUAGAAGUAAUCUUCUAAAAGUUGUUUCUACAAAAUGUACCAAGGAGUGACAUUAAUGAUAGUAAUUUGUAGUGGGUUCAUCAUUCAAGCCUCACCAGUGACGUAUUUCACAACAGAUGAUCCAACAGAUAGAGUUCUUGUUCCCUCCCAGACAACUGGAAGACUUUUGAAGUGCACAGGAAAGAAUGACUGUAACUUGGUGGGUGACGUCCUUAAACCUGAGGCAGCAGAAGAGGUGAAGAAAACAGCAGAUGCUGGGAAAGAGAUCGCGUUCGUGCUUGAUGGUUCUGCCAGCAUUCAACCUGAUGACUUUCAGAGAGCAAAAGACUUUAUCUACAAUGUCAUGAGUAAUGUUUGGGAAACAUGUUUUGACUGUGACUUUGCAGUAGUGCAGUAUGGAUUUGAUAUUAAGACUGAACUCUCACUUCGGGACAGUGACGACCGUGCCAGGGCAUUGAAAAAAGUACAGGAAAUACAACAACUUGGAAGGGUCACAAAGACUGCCUCGGCCAUCCAUCACGUGCUCACAAAUGUUUUUGUCCCUGAGAAUGGAUCAAAAAACAACUCCAGAAAAAUUAUAAUUGUGUUGUCUGACGGAGAAAUUUUGGGAGAUCCGAUGAACCUUACCGAUGUUUUGAACAUGCCACAAAUGGAAGAAAUAACUCAAUUUGCCAUCGGAGUUGGUGACAACCUUAAACCUGAGGCAGUAGAAGAGAUAAAGGAAAUGGCAGACACCAAUAAGUUUUUCCAUGUUUCCAAUUAUACUGCGCUACACAACAUUCUUGGUCAACUGGAACAAAGCAUAACUAGAAAUGCUGGGACAGAGAUCUCUUUUGUGCUUGAUGGUUCUGGCAGCAUUCAACCUGAUGACUUUCACAGAGCAAAAUACUUUAUCUACAAUGUCAUGCUGAAUGUUUGGAAAUGUGUUUUGAUGUGAGUAUAACUAUAAGCUCAGCAAGUAGAGCAAUGCAAUGCCUUUGUAGAGUAAAUAAAAUAAUAUCUGUACUGUAUAAUUUCACGUUGUUGCAUUGUUCAAACUCAAAAAUGUGAAAAUCUCUUUUUAGUGUGACUUUGCAGUAGUGCAGUAUGGAUCUUAUAUCAGGACUGAACUUUCAUUUCGGGACAGUGAGGACCGUGCCAGGGCAUUGAAAAAAUUACAGAAAAUACAACAACUUGGAAAGCUCACAAAGACUCCCUCGGCCAUCCACCACGUGCUCACAAAUGUUUUUGUCCCUGAGAAUGGAUCAAAAAACAACUCCAGAAAAAUGAUAAUUGUGUUGUCUGAUGGAGAAAUUUUGGGAGACCCGAUGAACCUUACAGAUGUUUUGAACAUGCCACAAAUGGAAGAAAUAACUCAAUUUGCCAUCGGAG